AUGUCAUUCAACAAACCAAAGAAGAAGAUGAAGGUGAGACAAAGACUGGAAGAUGAUGACAGCGAUGAUGAUGAAUGUCGUCGCAUAAAUGAUAUUCGAGAGUUGCAAAAAUCACGAGAAAGGAAAAACGGACUUACGGAAAUAGAAUGUGCUGUUGGCAAGGAGAAGGCGGCGGCACUAGAAGACGGCAUUCAAAUGGCCGGUGGAACGAUGGCUCUUACAGGAAAGCAGAAAGCACGAAUGGAAGCUGCCGGAAUUGAGGCAGGCAUCCGAGAGCAGUUCGAGAAGGAGACUAUGCUUCGUGAUGAGCACGAAGAACUGCGGAAAUUCAUAGAUCAAGGCUUGAGACGUGAACGAGGCGAAACAAGCAGCAGCGACCAGGGGCAAGGAAAAUCAACAGACGAGUCUGAUGUACUCAUGAGGGCAGCCAUGAAACUGAAAGGAUAUCGUAGUGAAGCAAGUAACGAAUUGCUGUCGGAACAUAUGCUGGCUGGUAUUCCAGAAGUAGAUCUGGGCAUCACUGCCCGUAUUUCGAACAUUUUGGAGACGGAAAAGAAGAAAAGUGAGCUGUUGGAGCAGGCAUUAGAAAAAGCUCGAAAAGCUGCUACAAACCCUCGAAAACCUAUCGAAGACGAGCCAGUUUUAAAGCGAUUCGCUCUUUAA